CGCAAGGCCUUCUCGCUCUUACGAGAUUCAAACCGAAAAUGCGUGAACAUUCGCUAAUGGUUUGUUCUCUAUGACAGAAAAUGCCACCAAAAGGAAGCGGUAAGAAGCCUGCGGCUUUCCCCCAGGCCAGCUCCAAGUCGGCUGCGGCGAAGAAGCAGAAGAACCCUCUCAUCGAGAAGAGGCCCCGCAACUAUGGCAUCGGCCAGGAUAUCCAGCCCCAGCGCAACCUCGGCCGCAUGGUCCGCUGGCCAGCCUACGUCCGCCUUCAGCGCCAGAAGAAGAUCCUCAAUAUGCGCCUGAAGGUUCCUCCUUCCAUCGCUCAGUUCCAGCACGUUGCCGACCGUAACCUCGCCACCCAAUCCUUCAAGCUCCUCAACAAGUACCGCCCCGAGACCAAGGCCGAGAAGAAGGAGAGGCUCACCAAGGAGGCUACCGCCGUUGCCGAGGGCAAGAAGAAGGAGGAUGUUUCCAAGAAGCCCUACGUCGCCAAGUACGGUCUGAACCACGUUGUCGGCCUCAUUGAGAACAAGAAGGCUUCCCUUGUCCUCAUCGCCAACGAUGUUGACCCCAUUGAGCUCGUCAUCUUCCUGCCAGCUCUCUGCCGCAAGAUGGGUGUCCCAUACGUCAUCGUCAAGGGCAAGGCCCGUCUCGGUACGGUUGUUCACCAGAAGACUGCCGCCGUCCUGGCCCUGACCGAGGUCCGCUCCGAGGACAAGAACGAGCUCCAGAAGCUCGUUACCGCUGUCAACGACGGUUACCUCGAGUCACACCACAAGGAGGCCUCCCGUCACUGGGGUGGUGGUAUCAUGGGUGCCAAGGCCAACGCUCGCAUGGAGAAGCGCAGGAAGGCUGUUGAGAACGCCAUCAAGAUCUAAAUGUGUCUUGAGGUGUUUGGAAGGGUUCAUGAUGACUUUAUGGCGUGUCUCUUAUCUCUGCAUGUAUGCGGUUCACAAUACCAACGGAGUUUAGGAGGGUUAAAAGAAGUCGCUAACGACUACAUUGACUGGAAUCGAUUUGAUAACGCACGCCAAU